GCUCCCGUCAAGAAUGAACCGACCCCCGGGGUCCCGCCCGCUCACCCCCUAGGGUCCGAGUCCUCCUGCCCUGGAACCUGCAGAGAAGGGAGUGCGGCCUUCAUCGCCUGGGCCCCUGGGCAGCCCCCGGAGGAUGUGAAGCGAGCGGCGGACAGACCGGCCCCCGCGUGCCUCCGUCGGCCGCUAGGAUGUUCCUCAUGAACGCGCCUCCCGUGCUCCCUCUCCAGUCCGCGUGGGAGGCCUGCGGGCCGCCGGGGAGCUGUCGGUUUCCCGGCCGCCUCUCGGAGCCGGAGGGCGCGGCGGGCGCGGCGGUGAGCGCCCGGGUGCAGAUGAUCAUCAGCUCGCUGCGGGGCGACCGGGCAGCGCGGGGCCGGAGCCAGGAGCGCGCCCUGCACCGAGGCCACAGGGGCCGCCACGCCCAGCCGGCCGCCGCCCCCGCCUGCGGGCUUGCUGCUCACUCGGACCCCAAGAGGAGGGAGGCGGCCUCGGCCCCCGGCGCCCCGGGGCGGGACUCGGACAGUGACGACUCCGUGGACCGGGGCAUCGAGGAGGCCAUCCAGGAGUACCUGAAGGCCAAGAGCGGGGCCGCCGACCGGGACCCUCGGUGCCACCCGGAGCCGCCUCCGAACAGCGCCCCGACUACCCCGUGUCCCCCAACGCGGGCCCCUGGCUCGGGAGGCAUCCCCGGUGGCCGCGUGGGAGCCGGCCAGGCCCCGGGCUCCGCCUCCCCGGGCAGCGUCAGCAGCGAGGACUCCUUCGAGCAGGGCAUCCGGGCGGAGAUAGAGCGGUUCCUGAGGGAGAAGAGGCGGCACGAGGCCCCGCAGGGCGAGCGGCCGGCGGACAGAAAGCCCAGCCCCGGCGCCCACCUGGCCACACCCGCCCUCAGGCCCGGCAAAGAGCUUGUUUUCCAGAAUCCUCCCCGGUUGGCCACGGCAGCCGCGCCGCCCAGGAGCCUCAGGUCCAAGGUCGCCGCCGAGCCCGAGAGCGUGGGCGGCCCGAAGCCCGCACCGCCCCGGCCGGCCGCCGCCUGCCGCACUGCGGACGCCCCCGGGAAGGGCCGGGUCAGGAGGAACCUGGGCCCCGGGCGGCGGGGACAGGGAGUCAGGAGCACCGGCCCGGACCCCGUGCGCGCGGCGGCCGACUCCAGCAGCGACGACGGCAUCGAGGAGGCCAUCCAGCGGUACCAGCGGGAGAAGAGGAAGGAGGCGAGCGGGGACCUGCCCCAGAAAACCCCGCCCGGGGAGCCGCCGCCCGUCCCUCCUGCCCACGGCGCCAGCCACGCCCCGAAAAGUGCCUUGCCCGACACCCCCAGGAGAGCGCCGGGCAAGAGGAAGCCCGUGGCCUCGAAGGCUGCGGACCUGGGCCCGGGCGGCCUGGACCCCGACCACCCCUCCAAGCCACCAAGGGAGCCCAAAGCCCCCGCCGCCCCGGGCAGCACGGCGGCCAGGAGCCGGUUUGCGGACGGGGCCUCGUGCCGCGCGGACUCCGCCGAGCUGAUGUGCGCCGAGGCGAUCCUGGACAUCUCCAAGACCAUCCUGCCGGCCCCCGGGGAGGCCGGAGCCGGGCCCCCGCCCGCCAGCCCGCUCCCUGGUCCCCGCAGGGGGCCUUCCCGCUCGGAUGGCGACAGCAGCUCUGUGGACAGCGACGACAGCAUAGAGCAGGAGAUCCGGAACUUUCUGGCGCUGAAGGCACAGUCGGGGACUUUGCUGGCCAGAGCGGACACCUGCCCGCCGCCCACACAGAGCCCCCUGCUGCCGCCGGGCCCCCCCGGGCAGGCUGGUGACGCCAAGGCCCCCGUCCCUAAAGCCCCGGGGCCUCCGCUGAGCUGCGGGAGGAAACGCAGGGCAGGCGGCGGCGCCGUGCGGUCGUUGACACCCAAGAAAACGAGAGAGGCGGUGAAGGAGGGCGCCCCGGACACCGGCCCCGGCCAGGCCCCUGGGAGGGACGGCGAGGCCCCUGGGAGGGACGGCGAGGCCAGGGGGCAGUGCCCCCCCUGCAGGACGGCCGGGCUGGGGGAUGAGCACGGAGCCGCGGACGCGAGGGGCGGGGUGGCGCCGGGCCCCGGGAAGGAGGCCGAGGCCCCGCGUGCGGACGGGAAGGAGAGCUCGGAGGACAAGAGCAGCUCGCUGGACAGCGACGAGGACCUGGACACGGCCAUCAAGGACCUGCUGCGGUCCAAGCGGAGGCUCAGGAGGCGCUGGAGGGACCCGCGCGCCGGGGGCCGGAAGAAGGUCCGGUUCGGCAGCACCGAGGCGGGGGCCCUGGGUCCGCAGGGCGGCCCCCAGAGAGGCGGCCGGGACCGAAGCCCGGCCGUGCUGAGAAGCUGCCUCUCCAAGUCCAAGAGGGACGGCUGGGCGGGCCCGCCCGGGAGACCUUCCCGUGGCUUCCGCGGCCCCACGGAGAGCGCCAGGCCGGGCGGCGUUGGGCCCGCGGACCCGCCCCAGGCCCUCCCGUCCGGGCCGAGUCCAUUCCCCAGCGAGGCCGAGGCCCGCCACCGCCCCGGCUCAGCCGCCGGCCCCGGCCUCCGGUCUGAUGACAGCAGCUCCGUGGACAGCGACGACAGCAUCGAGCUGGAGAUCCGGAAGUUUCUGGCCGAAAAGGCCAAGGAGACGGAGAGCGGCUCAGAAACUCCGGGAGCGGCUCCGGGGAGCGGGCCCAGGCCAGAGCCACUGUGCCGGAAGGGGGCGGCCCCGGCCCCGGCCCCGGCCCCGCAGCCGGGCAUGUGCACACGGAGCCAGAGGGGCAGGGGGACCCCUCAGCCAACGGCGGGGCCCCGGGGCACCCCCCGCACGGAGCCGGCCUGCCUCCCCGCUGCUCCGCCCAGAGGCCAGCCGGGGGCGCCCCGGAGCAGCAGUGGGACCGUGUCGGCCAGAGGGUCCCCCGCGGGCAAGAGAAGCCUUCAUCCUCACAGAGACCAGAGCCCGCGAGGGGCGUCCAGCGUGGCGGAGGCGGAGGCCCGGGCGCGGAGUCCCGGGGGGGCCUUGCCCGUGGCCUCUCAGAGCCGGAGCGCCCCGACUCGGAGCCCGCGAGCCGACAGGGAGGGGGGGCCCCAGGCCGGCCUCACCCUCCCGUGGGGCGAGUUCGCCCCCCAGAGUCCCCUGCAGGGCACGUGGGCGCUGAGCUCAGAAGGCAGGGACGUGGCGUGGAAGGGGGCGCUGGGGAGCGAGAGGGAGGGGGCGCCGGAGGGCCAGGCCCGGGGCGCCGCCGGCCUCGCCACGGACCCCAGGAAGGGCCUGCCCUUUGCGGGCUUCUCCCCGCUGCUCCCCACGCAGCUGUUCCACUUCAGGAGCAGUGCGACCUGGGGGGCCCCGGGCCCCGGGCUCUUCAGCCCCGGCCUGAGCCUGCCGCUGCAGGGCCCGGCCUUCUCGGCCUUCAGGGAGGCCCCCGCCGGCCACGCGGGCCGGUUCGGACGCUCACGCCUGCUCGGGAAGGAGGCCCGGCCCUGGCCCCGGAGGAGGGCACUGGGCUCGCGCGGCGGCAGGAACUCGGGCUCCGACGAGGACGUGUUGGACCUGAGGUAUCGACGGCGGGCGGAUCGAGACGAGGACCGGGAGGCCUGGCGCAGCGACACCAGCGAGCUGAGCGACACGUCCGUGGAGGACGGCAGCCCCGUGGCCAAGGGCAAAGUCCUCCAGCUGUGAGCAGGCGUCCUGGCGCCUGCGUGUCUGGGCCACGCGUGGACGUGCGCGUGGGCCUGUGCGUGUAUAGUGACACCGGGAAGGGGGAGGGGCCCCUGUGACCGCCCUGUACAUGUGUAACUAACGGGAAGCGAUGCCCUUAUUUAACACGUGUG